CUGAGCGCCCUGAUCGGAGCGUGGGCUGGGUCUGCUGAGCGCGCUCAGACUGCAGGGCACGCAGAUAACCUGGGAGCUUUCGUCCUCUGCCUCUCCUGCUUUCCCGCACAGGGGAGCUCAUGUCUGACUUAUAGACAUGAAGACCUCACAUUCCAGGACUUUUCUAUUCCUCGCGCUUUCCGCCACACAACUUCUGCUCAUCCGAUGCCAGGACGGGAACAGCGGAGAUGUAGGAGAUGACCGGAGCUGUAUGGAGGAUGGGCAGAUCUACACCAAUAGGGACGUUUGGAAACCGGAGCCAUGCCGGAUCUGUGUGUGUGACAGUGGAGCCAUUUUGUGUGAUGCGAUCCAGUGUGAAGAGACCAACUGUGAGAAGCUGACCAUUCCCGAGGGAGAAUGCUGCCCAGUGUGCGACACCAGCGGUGGUGGAGACAGCAGGCCUGAUGGAAAAGUAUAUAAGGGUCAGAAGGGAGAGCCUGGAGAUGUGCCAUAUAUUGUAGGAAUCAGGGGUCGCCCAGGAGCCGUGGGACCCCCUGGAUCAGCUGGAUAUCGAGGGGACCGCGGACCCAAAGGAAGACCGGGUCCAAGAGGUACACCAGGGUAUGACGGGGAGCCAGGUGUCCCAGGACAGCCAGGAGAGCCAGGACCACCCGGACACCCAUCACAUCCUGGGGGUGAGUUGGUCUCUCAGAUGUCAGGAGGGUUCGAUGAGAAGUCUGGUGCUGCAGGUCAAACAGCAAUGGUCCCUGGAACAAGGGGGGAGGCUGGAGUGAGAGGACCUCCUGGACCUUCUGGCCAAGCUGGGCCCGCAGGUAUUCAGGGCACCCCUGGCGAGCUUGGAGAUCCUGGUCACAUGGGCCCAUCUGGUGUGAGAGGCCCUGAAGGACCUCCGGGCAAAGCGGGUGAAGAUGGAGAGGGAGGAAAAGCGGGAAAUUCUGGAGAAAGGGGAUUUCCUGGCUCUCCGGGGGCAAGAGGUUUUCCAGGGACACCUGGUCCUCCAGGCUUGAAAGGCCAUAGAGGGCACCAAGGACCUCUUGGUGUCAGAGGUGAAACGGGGGCAGUUGGGUCAAAGGGAGAGUCUGGCCCUACCGGUCCUUUGGGUGUACUUGGCCCUCAGGGUCCGAGGGGAAUGCCUGGUGAGAGAGGUCGUCUGGGCCCAGGAGGAGUGCCGGGCACACGUGGUUCACCUGGAAAUGUUGGGAAAUCAGGUCCAAUGGGUCCGCUAGGGCUCAGUGGCCCCCCAGGGUUCCCAGGCAUCCCAGGAAUGAAGGGAGAAGCCGGGCCCACAGGUGUCCGAGGGACAGAGGGGCCCCAGGGACAGAGGGGAGAGACGGGGCGUCAGGGAGCCGCUGGUUCAGGCGGCCAACAGGGUCCAUUUGGAACAGAUGGUGGCCCAGGAACCAAAGGACCAAUAGGAGGUGUGGGCCCUCAGGGGCAAGGAGGCCAUCUUGGCCCUGCAGGACCUCCAGGGCCCCAGGGCAGCACUGGUCAGCCCGGCGUGAAAGGCCAACUGGGAGACAUCGGAGUGCCUGGAUUCAAAGGAGAGGCAGGGCCUAAAGGAGAAAUGGGCCCACCUGGUGCCCAAGGGGCCCUCGGCCCCCAGGGAGAGGAGGGGAAGAGAGGAACACGUGGUGACCCAGGCUCGAUCGGCCCUCCAGGUUCUGUAGGAGAACGGGGUGCUCCUGGCAACAGAGGAUUCCCCGGAGCAGACGGAUUACCUGGACCCAAGGGUGCACAAGGAGAUAGAGGAACUGGGGGAAUUUCUGGUCCCAAAGGCUCUUCUGGAGAUCCAGGACGCACCGGCGAGCCGGGCCUCCCGGGCGCACGGGGCCUGACGGGAAAUCCUGGAGUCCAGGGUGCAGAAGGGAAGCCAGGACCACUGGGGGGGCCUGGGGAGGAUGGGCGUCCAGGCCCAGCUGGAUCUAUCGGAACCAGAGGACCAGCUGGAUCAAUGGGAUUACCAGGACCAAAGGGAUUUAAUGGAGAUCCAGGGAAAACGGGCGAGCAGGGAAAUCCUGGAGUACCAGGACAAAGAGGUCCACCAGGGAAGGAAGGAGAAGUUGGUCCAGCAGGUGCUACUGGUCCCGCAGGUCCCGCGGGAGAACGAGGAGAGCAAGGACCUCCUGGUGUAAACGGGUUCCAGGGCUUACCUGGAAGCCCCGGCCCACCUGGAGAACCAGGAAAGCCAGGUGAUCAGGGUAUUCCAGGAGAGGGUGGAGCUGUUGGUCAGAUUGGCCCGAGGGGGGAGCGCGGGACCCCGGGGGAGAGAGGAGACCUGGGCUCUCACGGUUUGCAGGGAGCCAAAGGUGUGCCAGGAGCUGCAGGCCCAGACGGACCAAAGGGAAGUCCCGGGCCUUCAGGUGCUCUGGGUGACCCAGGUCCUCCAGGACUUCAGGGAAUGCCGGGAGAGAGAGGAACAUCUGGACCCCCAGGACCGAAAGGAGAAAGGGGCUCUGCAGGAGAGAAGGGAUCGGAGGGAACUGCUGGAAAUGAUGGAGCCAGAGGACUGCCUGGCCCACUUGGACCGCCUGGACCACAUGGACCCAGUGGUGAGAAGGGUGAAGCUGGACCUCGUGGCCCACCCGGACCUCAUGGCUCCAGAGCUGCUCCAGGGUCCCGAGGUGAACCUGGUCCCAUUGGCCCUGUCGGAUUCAGUGGCCCACCUGGUCCCGACGGUCAGCCCGGAGUGAAGGGUGAGACCGGAGAGCCUGGUCAGAAGGGCGACGCGGGAUCUCCAGGACCCCAGGGCCUGGCUGGAGCACACGGCCCUAACGGCCCCGUCGGAGUGGCAGGACUGAAGGGAGGCAGAGGGACCCAGGGUGCUCCGGGCCCGACCGGUUUCCCCGGCUCACCUGGGAGAGUAGGCCCACCUGGCUCAACGGGUCCUAUGGGAGAAGCAGGGCCCCUCGGUGCACCUGGGAAAGACGGCCCAGGUGGUCUUCGUGGAGACCCUGGCUCACCUGGACGGCAGGGGGAACGAGGAGCUUCCGGCCCAGCGGGGAGCUCAGGAGAUAAGGGGGAUUCUGGAGAGGACGGUCCCACGGGCCCUGAUGGACCACCUGGUCCUGCCGGAACCACAGGGCAGAGAGGAAUUGUGGGUCUUCCUGGCCAGAGGGGAGAGCGAGGGAUGGCUGGACUUCCUGGACCAGCGGGUCCCCCAGGAAAGCAAGGAACCCCAGGAACCCAAGGAGAUAAGGGCCCCCCAGGGCCUCUCGGAUCACCCGGUGCAAAUGGCCCACGUGGAGACGCUGGCCCUGACGGUCACGCUGGGUCAGACGGACCCCCAGGAAAGGAGGGAUCACUGGGUGCCAGGGGCGACCGAGGGGACGCAGGUCCGGAGGGGCUGGCAGGGUCCCAGGGGGCUCCGGGAACUCCAGGCCCGGUGGGAACGACGGGUGGCCCCGGCAGGAGGGGAGACGCGGGUUCGAGAGGACCGGUAGGCCCCCCAGGCUCGGCAGGCAAACGGGGAUUAAUUGGACCUCAAGGACCAAGAGGAGAUAAGGGAGAUUUAGGAGACCAUGGAGAAAGAGGACAGAAAGGUCACAGAGGGUUCACUGGACUACAGGGCUUACCUGGACCACCGGGUACAACUGGUGAACAGGGAGCCCCAGGAAUUAUUGGACCAAGUGGCCAGAGAGGACCCCCGGGUCCAGUUGGGCCUUCAGGCAAGGAAGGAUACAUCGGACAGCCUGGACCAAUGGGACCACCGGGAACACGUGGAAUAAGUGGAGAGAUUGGACCGGAGGGACCUCCCGGAGAUGAUGGCCCCCCCGGACCCCCAGGCUCCCCUGGCCCACCCACGGCUGCAAUGGACGACCUGUUCGGCGGGCCACACGAUUAUGAAGACCUGGGGCCCCCACCCCCUCCCGAGUUCAGUGAGGACGAGGCCCUGCCCAAUAAUGGCUCGGCCCCCAUGUUCCAGGCUGACCCCGGGGUCCAGGCCACGCUGAAGGCCCUCAGCAGCCAGAUCGACAGCAUGCGCAGCCCGGACGGCAGCCGAAAGCACCCUGCCCGCACCUGCGAGGACCUGAAGCAAUGCCACCCCCUGAAGAAGAGCGGUGAGUUCUGGGUGGAUCCAAACCAGGGGAGCGCAGAGGAUGCUAUCAAAGUGCACUGCAACAUGGAGACAGGCGAGACGUGCAUUUCUGCCAACCCAGCCAGCAUUCCCCGCAAAACCUGGUGGACUUCCCCCAACCCCUCCGACAGCAAGCCAAAGUGGUUCGGAGCCAAUAUGAACGGAGGAGCUCACUUCACCUACGGAAACAAAGAGCAGCCAGUGAACUCAGUCACGGUCCAGAUGACCUUCCUGCGGCUGCUGUCCAAGGAGGCAUCCCAGACAAUCACGUACCAUUGCAAGAACAGCGUGGGCUACAAGGACGAUGCGGGGAACCUGAAGAAGGCCGUCGUCCUGAAGGCAGCCAACGACCUGGACCUCCGCGCCGAGGGGAACAGCCGCUUCAGAUACACGGUCAUGGAGGACAGCUGCUCCAGAGCCAACGGUAAAUGGGGAAAGACGGUGUUUGAGUACAGGACACAGAAAACAGCGAGACUCCCCAUUGCGGACAUCGCCCCCGUGGACAUCGGCGGAGUGGAUCAGGAGUUCGGCAUCGACAUCGGACCCGUUUGCUUCUUGUAAAUCAAAAGGACACGGAUUGCGCCGGGGCAAAUUCUGAGACUCUCGAACUGACUGCUGACUCGGUCAGCCUUGUACAUACAGUACAGUGGACUAUUCUGGCCCUUUGGCAAGAUAUUUAUUGUGCCUUUCCAACCUUUUAAGACACUUCAGGAGAUUUUUUUUAUCACAGUAUAAGGCAGGAUUCUCAAAUGGAAACAAAGAAUGUGAUGCUUGUUUUAAAACGGAGCCUGACACAAUCGUGCAUUGCUCGCGCAGUUAAGAACUGAUCACUUAUAUUAUCAUACUUGGACCACGUUUCCUUUAGAGCAGGUGGUGUUAAUUGCAAUGAGGUUUUAUUUAACAGUUUAUGGUAGGAGAUGGCAGUUCACUUAUUACUUAUUAGGACGGUGAAAUUUGGCUAAAUAAAUCUAAGUCGAAGAUGCAUUUUGACGCAUUGUCAUCAUCAUUAACUGCUGUUUUUAAGAUGCAUACCACUUUAGCAGUAAAAGGCCAAAACAGUUUAAAAUAAAAAAAUCUAUUAACCUAUUAAACAUGUAUUGCUUUUUGUUUUGUAAAAAAAAAUUAUAGUUUUGCUCAACAAAUACAGGAUGAUCUAUUCUAGGUACAAUUGUUUUUUUUCUUCCUAUUUUUGUUUGUUUGUUUGUGUAAGUAUUGGUGCUACGGAAAAACCUGUUUUGACUUGCAGUAGAAGGCGGCGUGUUCCUUUGACAGACAGCGUUUGUGGAUACGAUUCAGUGUUCAGUCACUUUUAUUUACCCUGGUGUUCCGCUUGAUACCGCGAGAGAGCAGAUCCCUUAAUGUAAGCUACCUCGUCUCAACAAACUGGGAUGUUUCAUUACCUAAGUCAUGUUUCACAGGUGCUGUGUUCAAGCAGGGAUCCAUGUGUACUUUCUCCAGUAAAAAAGUUUUUGGUGAUGCUAAUAAAGAUCUUUCUCUCACUGGUUAAGCAACAGAUUCAGUGUCUCCUGGAAAUUAUGUUGUUUAUUGUUGGUGCGCAAUAUUUCGAUCGUUCUGCAUGUUCCGUGGAGCAUGUGGAUGGCCCCUGUAGGUAGCCUUCAUUAGCCUCAGCUUCUGACAUUUUUUACAUAGAUUUCUUUUUAUUACAAUUCUUGAGCCCUUGCAAAAGGUAACCAUGAAUGUUUACUUCUAUGUAUUUUGCUAUGCGAUCAAUUAAACAAAUGCUUGUUUAUCCCUA